AUGUCUCACUUCAACCAACAACUUGAUGCCCCCGCCCAGUCCCUUCAUGCCAUCAAUUUUAAUUUGCCUGAAUUCUGGCAACACGCUCCAAAACUUUAUUUCCUCCGCAUCGAAUCAGUCUUUGAUUCUGCUAAAGUUACCAAGGAGCUGGCGAAAUACCACAAAUGUGUGGAGGUUCUCCCCGCUAGUGUUAUCUUUCAAGUUUGGUCCUUGCUAGCUAAUCCUCCUGCUGAUGCUCCCUAUACCAUGUUAAAGGCAGAAAUUCUUCGACCUAAUUCCGUGUCCGACCGACAGCCGUAUCACCAGUUACUUAAGAAGGAGUCACUAGAUGACCGGAAGCCUUCAGAGCUACGUCGAAUGCGUUCUCUCCUUGUAGACAUGCAGGUUGAUGAUAAAUUCGUCAAUGAGAUGUUCCUAGAGCGUCUGCCCGCAGAUGUCCAAACGAUCCUGACGUCCGGCUCUCAAUAUUUUACGGUCUCACGGUUGGCUGAGAUGGCGGAUCGAAUGAUUGAGGUGAAGCGGUUCCAGUCACCUUCCGUUGCCCAGAUCUCACCCUCAUCGUCAGUGAAUGAACAUUUAAAGAAACAGGUGUCGGCCAUGGCGGAUGAGAUGGCCUCCCUUACAAUACAGUUCACCCACCUUACUUCCAGUCGCUCACGCAGCCGUCGUCGUUCUCGUUUGCGACCUCAGACUGCCGAUGCUUGUUGUUAUCACACUAAUUUCGGCGUAAAGGCCCGUUGCUAUUCCUCGUCCUGCUUUUUUAAGCCGAAGCAGGCAAACCAGCCAGCCAGAGAAUAGAUGCAACCGUUUUCUCUGGCUCUUCCGGCUCUGGUCGCACCUUCUAUGUUUGCGACACUGCGACUCGCAGACGUUUCCUGGUGGACACUGAACCCAAAUCAGCGUCGUUCCUCCAACUGCAGCUGAUCGUCGUUUCCCUAGCCCUGGUCUUCGCCUCCAAACUGCCAACUGUUCCUCCAUUCCCACAUUUGGCAGUCUGUCCCUUACUCUGAACAUUGGCCUUCGUCGCUCAUUCACUUGGAUCUUUGUCAUUGCUGAUGUCCCUCAUGCAAUCUUCGGCUCGGACCUUCUUGCCGAGUUCGAUCUCCUUGUCGACUGCCGACGUGCCCGUCUCCUCGACAGCACAACCGGUCUGUUUGUUCGUGGACUGCCUCCCUUUAUUGCCCCCAUCAACUUAUCUGUCUUGGAUACGGAUAUUGCUAGCCCCUAUCAGCAACUACUUCUUAGUCAACCCAACAUAAUUAACCCCCCAGUUUUUCAGUGGUGAGGUUCAGCAUGAUGUUGUGCACCACAUCUGCACCUCAGGUCCUACCGUGUUUGCUCGACCGGGACGACUAGCACCGGAGCGUUUCCAGGCCGCGAAGGCGGAGUUUGAACACAUGCUGCAACUGGGAAUAAUUCGACCGUCCGAGAGCCCUUGGGCGUGCCCACUGCACAUGGUGCUCAAGGCAACAUCAGGCGACUGACGACCCUGUGACGACUAUCGAGCCCUCAACAGCGCUACGAUUCUUGAUCGAUAGCCCGUGCCUCAUCUUCAGAACAUUGUUGCAGCUCUUUUCGGCAAAGCGGUUUUUAGAUAGAUAGAUAGAUAGAUAGAUAGAUAAAUUUUAUUAAAGACCCGUUGGGGUCCCAUCAAAGCAAGUUAAAAUAAAUUUACAUGCGAGUUUUAGACGAGGUAGGCAGAAUCUUUACAAAAUGCAAUUCAUAGUUUCUGAAUUAGUAGUCCAUUGAGAAACAUGAUUAGUGUGGGGGAAAAAAACUCCAAUACAAAAAGUUAAAAAUGAUUGGAUUAAUGUUACAGGAGAAAAAAAACUCAAUAAAAAUAAUUACAGAAAAAUGCGAGCAGGACUGGCCUGUAGGCGGCGGUAUAUAACGGAUUGUUUUCAGUCAUCGUCAGGUUAGCAAUAAAUCUCAGCCUUGAGGGGUACGUACGCGGGUCAGACAGGAAUGGCCUGCAUGUGGUAUUGUAUACAGGAUUCACAAUUGACAUAAUCUGAGCCGGAUUGAUACGCCGCAUGAGACUCUUCGCGUCAAAGAGGCCAGGCGAGAGGAACCCAGAUGAGAUCGGCCACAGCACGCUUUGAGCUCAGCCGAGCAGUGGGGAAGGGAGGUACGACCAAACUACUAGUAGACGGUGAAUACUGAGGGUUCCGCCGUGAGCGUUUUCUCGAAGAUUGAUCUGGUGCGUGUUUUUAAUCAGAUUCCAGUCGGCCCUGAUGACAUCCCCAAAACCGCUGUUACCACAUCCUUCGGUCUCUUCGAGUUCAUCCGCAUGUCGUUCGGUCUUUGUAAUGCCGUCCAAACGUUCCAGAGGUUCAUCCACCAUGUCUUACGUGGCCUACCCUUUGUGAACGCCUACAUUGAUGACCUCUUGGUGGCCAGCCGGCCUGAGGAAGAACACAAAGAGCAUCUUGCCUUGAUGUUUGACCUCCUUGACAAGUUUGGCGCUGUCAUCAGCCCCUCCAAGAGCGUGUUGGGUGUGCCUUCGCUCGAGUUCCUCGGCCAUCAUGACGACUCUGAAGGUUUGCGUCCCCUCACCUCCAAGGUUGAAACAAUUCGUAAUUUCCCUUCACCAACUUCCAAGCGACAGUUGCAGCGAUUCCUCGGCAUGGUCAAUUUUAACCGCCUGUUCCUACCGAACUGUGCUGGCCUCAUGUUGCCAUCCACCAACAUACUUUCUGGUCCCACAGAUCCCCUCGAGCUAUCUGGUGAAGCACUGACUGCUUUUGAGAUAAUCAAAACUUCCCUUGAAGACGUCACUUUACUCACGCAUUCUGCUCCCGAAGCUCAGCUGUCCCUUAUGGUAGAUUCUUCGACCGUAGCCGUAGGUGCAGUCCUUCAACGACACCUUGCUGGUUCGACUCAAUCAAUUGUCUUUUUCUCCAAAAAGCUCUUACCAGCUGAGAUGCGAUACAGUACCUUUGGCCGUGAACUACUUUCCAUUUACCUGGCUGUGAAGCAUUUCCUGUAUUUCCUUGAAGGUUGGAAAUUCACUGUUUUCACGGACCAAAAACCGUUGACUUUUGCCCUUCGGUCCCACUCUGACGAGUACAAUCCGAGGGAAAUCGCUCACCUGGACCACAUCUCCCCAUUUACCACCGACAUCCGCCACAUUGAUGGCACGAAGAAUGAAGUGGCUGAUAUGCUGUCCAGACCCUCACCGUCUUCCCUCCAACUCUCACACGGGAUCGAUCUUUGCGCCAUGGCAGCUGAGCAACAGCGAGUCGGUUGUCCUGGCGACGAAUCUGUUAGCGGUCUCCAACUCGAAGACGUCCCUCUGACCACCGGCUCUGAUACCAUACUUUGUGACGUCACAGCUCCCUUUCAUCGCCCUUUCGUGCCCGCUUGA